GCGCCUGCGGUUGUAGUUAUAAGAAUCCUCGCGUGCCAGCCCUCAGCUCGUGUAAGUCCGCAGCCUCCCUCUGGGGAGAGAGCGCGCGCGAAAGCCCGAGGCAGGAGUCGCGGCAAGUCGAGGCGCCGCAGGAGCCCGAGGCGGGGGGCUGAGGAGAAGGAGGCGGCAGCGGCGGCGGCAGCGCCUGGCCUCGUCCCGCUCCCUGCUGGACCGUGUCCCGCGAGGCGGGAAAGAAGCCCGCCAUGGAGGCGGUGUUGCUGGAGCACUUCCCCGCGGGGUUGGACUCUUUUACCUCAGCGCCUUACUUCGACGACGAGGACUUCUUCACCGACCAGUCGUCCCGCGACCCCCUGGAAGGCGACGAGCUGCUGGAGGCCGACGUGGACUUCCUGACGCCUCAGUUCCAGGCCUGCUACCGCGCCGGCGGCGAUGGCGACGGAGGGGCCUGCCUUGGCGCCGGGCCCGGGGGUCAGCCGGAGGGCGCCUUCUGCUGCGAGGGGGCGGCGGGCAGCUUCUCGUCGUCCUUCUCGCCGCCGUCGUCGCCGUCGUCGAGCAGCUUCGGGGCCGAGUGCUGCGGCAGCGCGGCGUCGCCCCGGGCGGGCCUGAAGGCGCUGAGCGCGGCGGCCGCGGCCAGGCGCCGGCGCCGGGUGCGCUCCGAGGCCGAGCUGCAGCAGCUGCGUCAGGCGGCCAACGUGCGCGAGCGGCGGCGGAUGCAGUCCAUCAACGACGCCUUCGAGGGGCUGCGCUCGCACAUCCCCACGCUGCCCUACGAGAAGCGCCUCUCCAAGGUGGACACGCUGCGCCUCGCCAUCGGCUACAUCAACUUCCUCAGCGAGCUGGUCCAGUCCGACCUGCCCUUGCGCGGCGCCGGCACCCAAAGCCCCUGCCAGCCCAAGAAGGUCAUCAUCUGCCACCGCGGGACAAGAUCACCUUCUCCAAGCGACCCAGAUUAUGGACUUCCUCCUUUGGCUGGGCAUUCUCUCUCCUGGACUGACGAGAAACAGCUGAAGGAACAAAACAUUAUUAGGACUGCUAAAGUGUGGACCCCUGAAGACCCUAGGAAAUUAAACAGCAAGCCUUCCCUAAACAACAUAGAAAACGAACCCCCCUUUGACUUUGUAGCAUGAAAUGUGAAAGUUACUGGGUUGUAAAUAUCAAUAAUCUUUAUUACCAGUGUACAUUUGUACUUAAAGGCAUAUAUUUUUUGAAGGUACUUUACAGAAAGGUAUUCUAAUGGCAAUCAACUUUUUUUUUAUUUAUCUAUUUAUUACUGCUUAGAGUUACAGGAAUAGAACUGUCCUUUUGAAUGUAUAAUUUAUAUAAUUUAUGCUAAUUUAAAAAUAUGCAAUGAAUUUGAGAUUUAUCCACCAGCACCUUUUGGGCACAAUUCUUUGUUGGAAAAAGAAACAUACAUCCCAGAAAAUGUGAACAUAAUUUAUUACGAUUUGUCGAAUAUGCCAGUUAUAUUUUAUUAUUAAUAAACUUUGAUUAAAUCUGAA